AUGUCGAGCGCGCGUCCCCUGCGCGUCGCUCUCGUCGCCGCGUCGUCCGCGAGACGCGACGAUUCGACGACGGGCACGACGAGGCACGCAUCGAGCGCGCGAGCGACGCCGUGGACGUGCGCGACGUGCGUCAAGGCGGGAUUUCGUGAAUCGCUCCUGUUCGCUCGCGCGGACGAAACGCUCGCGUGCGCGCGCGGACACGCGCGCGAUCGCGCGCGGAGCGGGUACGUGCACCUGUGUUCGUCGUCAAAGGUGCGGGGGGAUUCGCGAGGGCAGCUCCGGGCGCGAGCGAGGUUUUUAGGAAGAGGACGGUACGCGGACGUGAGCGCAGCCGUCGCGGAGGAAGUUUUGAGACGGAUCGAGGACGAUGUCGAUGAUGUCGGUGAUGCGUCGAUCGCGAAUGGUGAUGGUUCGAGUGGUGAUUUGAAAACGGUCGGUGACGAUUUGGACGCGUGCUCGGGCGCGGAGGGGGGGUCGCGCGCGACGCCGUCGACGCCGCGCGCGAGACGGUUGGCGAAGAAGCGGCGGCCGCGAGAAGUCAAGUCAGGGCAUCACGAGCGCCCAAUCACUUCCCGAGAUACUGAUGGGGUGCGACCGACGGUGACGCCUUCGCGGGCGUUGAGAGUGGGUGAUUUUGGGUGCGGGGAAGGGUAUUACGCCGACGUCGUGCGAGCGAUGGCGAGAGACGGCGGAGCGGUGAAUUUGGAGCUGCUCGCGAUGGACGCCUCAAAGGACGCGUGUGAUUUCACCGCGCGACGGUUGGGUCGUGAUGUUCACGUCGCUGUCGUGGAUUGCUCGAGAAGUCUCCCGCUGGAGGACGCGUCGUUGGACGUGGCGAUGAGCGUGUUUGCGCCGAGGUCGCCAAUCGAGCUCGCGCGCGUACUUCGCCCGGGUGGACGCGUCGUCGUCGCUCGAGCGAAUUCAGAUCACAUGUCGGAGCUUCGCGAAGUGCGUGGUGACGGUGUUGUGGUUCUCGGCGUCGAGAAAGACAAGGGUGAGCGCGUGGAUAGCGCAAUGCGCGACGCAGGAUUUGAGAUUGAGAGCGAACGUGAGAUUCGGCAGACGAUGUCGCUUUCCGAAGAUGACGUCGUCGACUUAAUCUUCAUGGGUCCGUCUGGGCACCACGCUGAGAGCGAAGACGCAGUGCGCCGCGCCGUGGGCGGCGUUACGCGUGAGGUGACGAAAUCAGUCGUGGUGACUGUGUACGCGCUGCCAAAGUAG